CCUCCCUCUCCCGCCGCCGCUCUGGACGCUUCGGGGGCCACCCCCCCGCCGGCUGGCCGGCGCCGGGCGCUCCAAUGAGAGCGGCUGCCUCUCCCUGCCUCGCGGAGCCAGGCGGCGCCGGCCGGAGCCCGAGUCCCGGCCCUGCGUGCGCGAGUCCGGCCAGCAGGCGAGGAUGAUGCCGGCUCUGGCCGCCCAGAGGCGGGGAUGGCGCUGCCUCUACCGGCUGUACCUGCGGUGCCAGGCGGCGCAGCUCAGCCGGGUCUGCCACGGGUGGCCAGGCUCAAUGAAAUGUGGAAGUCUCUCUCACAUACUGCCAUGCAGUCAUCUACCAGUCCAAUCACUGAGUCAAGUGAGAGUUUACACCUCUGAUGGUCAGAAAAAAGGCCCUGUACCAGGUCCUGAAGGAGCUGUGCACAGACCUGGAACAGCACGGGAUACCACCAGUGCAGGCCAAAAACCACUUUUAUUGCAAGAGCCAAUCCAAGUAAAAGUUAAAGCAGUUCUUAAAAAGAGAGAGUAUGGACCAAAAUACACACAAAAUAAUUUCAUCACUGGUGUCAGAGCAAUAAAUGAGUUCUGUCUUAAAUCCAGUGAUCUAGAACAGCUGAGGAAAAUCAGACGACGAAGUCCCCAUGAUGAUACUGAGGCUUUCACUGUAUUUUUGAGAUCAGAUGUAGAGGCAAAAUCUCUAGAAGUUUGGGGAAGCCCAGAGGCUCUUGCUAGAGAGAGAAAACGGCGUAAAGAAGCAGAGAUAGAAUACAGAGAAAAUCUGUUUAGAAACCAAAAACUGUUAAAGGAAUACAAAGAUUUUCUUGGGGAUACUAAGCCACGCUCCAGCACAGCCGGUAUGUUGCUCAAAGGACCAGGAAAGGUGGUGAUGGUUGCUAUUUGCAUAAAUGGGUUGAAUUUUUUCUUUAAACUACUCGCGUGGGUUUACACGGGUUCUGCAAGCAUGUUUUCAGAAGCUAUACAUUCUUUAGCAGACACUUGCAACCAGGCUUUGCUAGCAUUGGGCAUCAGUCAGUCUGCAAGGACACCAGACCCUAGUCAUCCGUAUGGCUUCACAAAUAUGCGCUAUAUUGCCUCCCUAAUUAGUGGGGUCGGCAUUUUCAUGAUGGGUGCAGGACUUUCCUGGUAUCAUGGAAUCAUAGGUUUACUUCAUCCUCAGCCCAUGGAAUCUCUUCUUUGGGCUUAUUGUAUCUUAGCAGGAUCGCUGGUGUCUGAAGGAGCUACCCUUCUUGUUGCUAUAAAUGAAAUUCGAAGGAGCUCCCGGGCCAAGGGUCUGUCAUUUUAUCAAUAUGUCAGGCUGAGUCGUGAUCCCAGUACAAAUGUGGUGUUGUUGGAGGAUGCUGCAGCAGUUUUGGGUGUGACGUUAGCUGCUACUUGCAUGGGUCUGACUUCUUUAACAGGCAACCCUUACUAUGACAGCCUGGGAUCGCUAGGUGUGGGAACUUUGUUGGGAGUUGUAUCAGCUUUUCUCAUCUACACCAACACAGAAGCAUUGCUGGGACGAUCCAUUAAUCCUGAGCAAUUACAGCGACUUACUGAGUUACUGGAGAGUGACCCUGUCGUUAGAGCAAUUCAUGAUGUUAAAGCCACAGACAUGGGAUUGAGCAAAGUGAGAUUCAAGGCAGAAGUAGACUUUGAUGGACGGGUUGUGACUCGUUCUUACCUGGAAAAGCAAGACAUUGAACAGCUGCUACAAGAAAUUCAGCAGGUGAAAACUCUUGAGGAAUUAGAAGCCUUCAUGCUUAAACAUGGAGAGAAUAUCAUUGACACACUGGGAGCUGAAGUAGACCGGCUUGAAAAGGAGCUAAAGCAACGCAAUCCUGAUGUUCGACAUGUAGAUUUGGAAAUAUUGUAGAUUUGACAGAAAAAAUCCUUGGAGUACUCUCUUUUGGAAACAAGUUUGCACAGAGAUGGAACAGCUAUUGAAACUGCAGUCACUUCAAUACCAUACCUCAUUUACUUCAUGCUGUAGGCUUCCUGAACUGUUGUUACUGAGUCAGUUUCCAAAACAGCUUUAGAUUCAGAGUCAACAACUUUGUAUAGAAGAUCAGUUCAACAAAAGCUACUUAGCAUAAUUUCUACAUGAGACUGUUGGAGGUGAAUUUAUUUGGGAAUUGGAACUUAAAUCUUUUAGUUUCUAUAAGGCAAAUGUUAAUGCCUGAAAAUACACAGAAGAUACUUUCCCCAUUUCAAUUUUUUGUCAACUUGCACAUCAGUUUGCACUCAUUUAACUACUUCCUUCUAGAAGUCAUUGGAGGUAUUUGCAAGAUACAGAUGUUUAAUGCUAGAACAGGCUUUGUUUCAUUUGUUCUACCUGCCAAUCUUGAACCAGUUGUUAUAUUCUAGCUAUAUGGUCUCUUUUUUUCCUCUGAGAUCAGUUCCUCCAAAAAGAACAGCCCUUUUCUCGAGUGUCAUGAUUUGGAAACUUGCUUCUGCCAGUGUUGCAACAAAUCAGUCUUUUGAAUGCAGUUGGCUUUGGGCUUGGCCUAGAGUACGUUGAGUUACUGCGCAGGAUGUAGAAACCUCAACAAACUUUUUUUUAUAGAGUAUCUUGGCCUAUGCCUUGUGUUUAGGUUUUUUCUCUUCAGAUUUUUUCCCACCCAUAUGCCUUUUUGUUGCUUUAACUUGCUAAUGUUGGAGGAUAUAACAUGGAGAAUGAUUUACUUAGUAGUUUUCUGUUAUUUUUCAUUUGGCUUUUUAUAUUUUUAAGAAGCAAUAUUCUGCGAAUGAUCUUUGCUAGCAAAAGCAAGAGGUGUGUAGAAGUUUUAACAUAUUCUAGAAAUAUUUAUAAUUAAACAGAUGUGAAGAUAAUACUAAUUUAUUUACACAGGCACUACUUGUAUGAAUCUGAAUUGUAGAUAGCUUUUUGGGUGUUUUUCAGAAAAACCUUUUUGUGUGGGGGAAGUAAAACAAUUGUGCUGAAAUGUGUCAUGGCUGUCAGUAAUCCCAAAAGUGAGUGCAUAGAAUUUACGUGUUUGAAAUGCGCAAUUCUAGUGUUUUACAAAAUGGGUUUCUAGAAUAAGGCUUUCUGCAAUAAGUAUCUAAGUCAUAGCAGACUCUGUAAGAAAUAAUCUUUUAAUAAAGGCUAAGUGAGUACAAAUAAUGCAAAUCUAGUAAUUGAAAUAUUAAUGGAAUAAUUACCGAUAAAUCUUUCUCCAGGAAAAAUCCUUUAUGCACUUUAAAACGUUUCAGUAACAUGAAAAUUGCUCAUGGGAGAGAGGUGGCAAUAAGAGCAUCUUGAUGAUUCUGUUGCUGAGUAGUCCAGUGACUGACAUACUGAGGGCAGAAAUGUUGAUAGGGAACACAAGUCAUCAAAAUCAAUUUGUUAAGAUUAAAUCAUAUGCAGUGCAGCAAAUAAUAAUAGUGGAGACCAAAAUGUCAGGAUUUGAUUAAAUGCUUUGUAAUAGUAUUUUUUUAAAUGUAAAAUGUCAUUUGCCAGUGAAUUAUGAGAAUUUAAAAUAGCAUGCCUUUUGACAAUUGCAAAACACUGCAUGCUGUGCAUUUUAAAUAAAAUGACAUUCCAAAGUUGA